CACCAAGCAAAGGCACGACAAGGCAAGGCAAGGCGGGAAGAACUACCGCGCCAGACUCCAGCAAUACGAAUCUUCUUUUCAUCUUGGAGCUUCUUUAUGACAGCCAUACAGCUGUACAUUGCCUAGACUACCUACCCUCACCACCAAGUUAGGCUCGAAAGAGCUGCAACUGUCGGCAAUAUGGCCAUGAAUCUGGACUUAUCAAAUGCCGCCGUCAUGAAAGACGAGCAGGGCCGGCCGUUCAUCGUCGUUAGAGAUCAGGGCAAGAAGAAGCGUCAGUUUGGCAACGAGGCUGUGAAAUCGCAUAUCCUUGCCGCCCGGACCGUCGCCAACAUCGUGAAGACCUCUCUCGGGCCCCGCGGCCUCGACAAGAUCCUUAUAUCCCCCGACGGCGACAUCACUGUCACGAACGAUGGUGCUACUAUUCUACAGCAGAUGGAGAUCUCAAACCAUGUCGCUAAGCUUCUGGUCGAGCUCUCCAAAUCACAAGAUGACGAGAUUGGUGAUGGGACAACCGGCGUCGUCGUCCUAGCCGGUGCGCUGCUGGAGCAGGCUGCUGAGCUCAUAGACAAGGGAAUCCACCCCAUACGGAUAGCAGAUGGUUAUGACCAGGCCUGUGAUAUUGCCGUAGCCGAACUCGACCGUAUAUCAGACACUAUCGAGUUUAGCAAGUCAAACACAGAAAAUCUAGUCAAGGUCGCCCGCACAAGUUUAGGAAGCAAGAUAGUUUCUAAAGCGCACGAUCAGUUCGCCAACAUCGCCGUCGACGCCGUCCUCUCGGUGGCCGACCUCGAGCGUAAAGAUGUCGACUUUGAAUUGAUAAAGGUAGAUGGAAAAGUGGGCGGCGCAUUAGAAGACACCAUUCUCGUCAAGGGUGUUAUUGUGGACAAGGACUUCUCACAUCCCCAAAUGCCCUCGGAAGUUCGUGAUGCCAAGAUCGCCAUUCUCACAUGCGCUUUCGAGCCUCCGAAACCGAAGACGAAGCAUAAGCUAGACAUUGCGUCGGUCGAGGAGUACAAGAAAUUGCAGAGUUAUGAACGAGAAAAAUUUAUCGAGAUGAUUCAACAGAUCAAGGAUGCUGGUGCCAACCUGGCUAUCUGCCAGUGGGGUUUCGAUGACGAAGCAAACCAUCUGCUACUUCAGAACGAGCUGCCUGCAGUCAGGUGGGUUGGCGGCCCCGAGAUCGAGCUGAUUGCUAUUGCUACGAACGGCAGGAUAGUACCGAGGUUCGAGGAUCUAAAGCCAGAGAAGCUAGGAAGUGCGGGCAUUGUCCGAGAGAUGACUUUCGGCACUACUAGAGAAAAGAUGCUUGUGAUCGAAGAGUGCGCCAACACUAGGGCAGUCACGGUCUUUGUCAGGGGCAGCAAUAAAAUGAUUAUUGAUGAAGCCCGCCGCUCACUACACGACGCCCUUUGUGUAGUCCGCAAUCUCGUGCGUGACAAUCGCGUCGUAUACGGUGGUGGCGCUGCAGAAAUCGCCUGCUCCCUAGCCGUCGAGGACGCAGCUGUUCAAACACCGGGUCUCGAACAGUAUGCCAUGCGGGCUUUCGCCGAGGCGCUCGACGCUGUGCCCAUGGCGCUAGCGGAGAACAGCGGUCUCAACCCCAUCGCCACUCUAGCUGAGGUCAAGUCCCAGCAAGUACAUGCCGGCCCUGAGGGUCGCGGCAAGCUAGGCGUCGACUGCAUGAGCAAGGGCUCCAACAACAUGAAGGAUGCCUUCGUCAUCGACCCCCUUAUUGGCAAGAAGCAGCAGCUCAUGCUUGCCACCCAGCUCUGCCGCAUGGUCUUGAAGGUCAACAACGUCAUUAUCAGCGGCUCAGGUGACCAAGAUUACUAGAUGGUGUUAAAGUGUCUUAACAGGCCUAUCCGCACUUGUCAUCCUGCGCUACUUUUCUAAGAACCAAGGCACGCGUUAUAGAGGAUACCAUGGGAAAUGAUGAGAAAGGGCAAUGCAAGCACCUUGCUGUGUUGUUCUAAAUGUAAUCAUUCGGUAAACAUUGAACGUAUGGUUGAACUUGACAUACAUACCAGGUAGAUAGGGGCUCAAAGGCAGUCAAGGCAGAUAACAUAAUCUCAAGUGAUAAUCUUGGCAACACUUUCUCAGCCAAA